CCCGCCCCACCACGGCACCUCGGCGCAGCGCUGCCACGGCCGCAGUCGCGCCGCAGAGGUGACCUCGAGCAGCGAGCGCGUCCGCCGCUCCCGCAGACAUGGGUGAACCUGUCAGAGUGCUGGUGACUGGAGCAGCUGGGCAGAUUGCUUACUCCCUCCUCUACAGCAUUGCCAAGGGUGAUGUCUUCGGCAAAGACCAGCCUCUUAUUCUUGUGCUGCUGGACAUCACUCCUAUGAUGACAGUACUGGAAGGUGUGGUGAUGGAGCUGCAGGACUGUGCUCUGCCGCUGCUCAGAGAGGUCAUUCCAACAGACAAGGAGGAAGUUGCAUUCAAAGACCUUGACGUAGCAAUUCUGGUUGGCUCCAUGCCAAGGAGAGAGGGAAUGGAGAGGAAGGAUUUACUCAAAGCAAAUGUAAAAAUUUUCAAGUCUCAGGGUGCAGCCUUGGACAAGUAUGCCAAAAAGACUGUCAAGGUUGUUGUUGUUGGGAAUCCAGCCAAUACCAACUGCCUGAUUGCAUCAAAGUCAGCCCCAUCCAUACCAAAGGAAAACUUCAGCUGCUUAACUCGUUUGGAUCACAACAGAGCCAAAUCUCAGAUUGCUCUGAAACUUGGUGUGACUGCUAAUGAUGUGAAGAAUGUCAUCAUCUGGGGCAACCACUCCUCCACUCAAUAUCCUGAUGUUAACCAUGCGAAGGUAAAUGUGAAAGGAAAGGAGGUUGGAGUCUAUGAAGCUAUAAAAGAUGACAGCUGGCUGAAGGGAGACUUUAUUGCGACUGUUCAGCAACGUGGAGCAGCUGUUAUUAAGGCCAGGAAGCUGUCCAGUGCCAUGUCAGCUGCCAAAGCUAUCUGUGAUCAUGUGAGGGACAUCUGGUUUGGCACUCCAGCGGGGGAGUUUGUUUCGAUGGGAGUCAUUUCUGAUGGCAAUUCUUAUGGUGUUCCUGAAGACCUGCUGUAUUCAUUCCCAGUUGUGAUCAAGGACAAGACCUGGAAGUUUGUUGAGGGUCUUCCUAUUAAUGAUUUUUCUCGUGAGAAGAUGGAAAUUACUGCUAAGGAGUUAGCUGAAGAGAAGGAGACUGCUGUGGAAUUCCUCUCCAGUGCAUGACUAGGUCAGGAGGAAAUACAAAAUCAUUUAAGAGUGGAAGAAUCGAAAAGCCGUCUGUAGGUCUGCUACCAAGCACCAAUACUGUAUCCAAGUCAACUGUCUGUGGCCAUUGUGCAUUUUAAAGUUCAUAUGCUUACUGGUACUGUUGUGCCUCUUGAGUUGUUAGCAAAAUAUUAUUAAAGAAGUAAAACUAGUUUGUUGACCAAAGUUUUUGUCCAUUCAAUACUAGUUGCUUUCUGUGUAUGGUACAGGAUAAUUGUUUGCCUCGGCCUUGACUACUAACGCACAAUCUGAGUUUUGAUUAGAAUUUGGCACUACUGGAACACGUCUGUGAUCACUUCAGCAGCCUCUGUAUCAACUGAAAAUGAAAUUAGAAUGUCAGUAAUUCUCUUUACACUGAUAGUUCAGUGACCCAGGUCUGUCACUGCACAGACUUCUAGUAAAUACGUUUCACUCUGGUUAUGCUUACAAUAUUUGUCAAUAGAAAUAUUAAAAGUUGUUCAAUCAGAUACUGACUAAGAGUAGUCUGUUGCACUUUAUUUGCAUGUUUUAGUUAUGUAACUAACACAAUUUGAUAGUACAAGAUAAAAAAAAACUUAAAAGCCUAUUUUAGGAAACUGAGGGAAACUAGUUUAAGCUUUAAGCAUUACUAGCUUUUGCAAUGACUAACAUUUCCCUUUGCCUGAGUUGGUGUCUCUCCUGUUCUAUUAGAAGUUUCUGCCUUGUACUAAAGUAAAUCUUGGUCUGUCAUA